UCUUGGCAUGGCGGGACCCAGAGCCACGACCACGCAGCGGAGGAGGAAGACCUUUCAUUCCUGCCCUGGCACCCCUGGCGGGUACUCUGAUGAUCCUUGCUAGCUGCUCUUCCUCCAUGGCAUUUGCCACAGCAAGAUAACAGCUAGCAAGACCCUCUGAAGGAAUCAUCUGCUCUCAGUUUCUCUGAUGUUUGCUGCGGCUGCCUCCACCAGUACUAGAAGAUUGCCAAGAAAGGAGCUGAGCUUACUUCCCUGGGGAGGAUGGUUCAGGGCUGGGAUUCUGCUACACCGAAGGCUCUGUAUCAAGUACCACCCAGCAUCACCUCUCUUUGGCUGACAAGAUCCUUAGCAUGGUUUACCUCCAGAAGAUCUAGGGACAUGCCUGGCAGGCUCAUAUGGAAGGGGCUGAUGCAUGACAGUAUUUAUUAGAUCAUUACUGUGCUUGUAUUGAUUGACUUUCAGGGUACCAUGCUAUAUAUUGGGGUGUUGCACUUCUUUCAGCUUGGACUGAAUUCCAUUUCAGUAAUGCUCUCAAGGGCCACACAGCAGUGGUGAGUUGAGCUGAAGGCAAAAGUGGUGGGGCUGGAUUGGGACCUCAGUCCUGAGCUGCAUCUCCGCUAGAAAAACUUACAUAGAGAGAGUUGUACUGUGCCCACAUCUGAGAUCAUUGCUGUCGAGGAAACAGAAAUCGAUACGAAACAAUCUAAUACUGGAAAAUGGCAAAAAAUGGCAAAGCCACAUGCAUUCACAGUGUACUAUGUGAAGAGGGCACAACAUCACCGCUGGCGGUGCAACAACGUGACAUUUUGGUGCACUGAGGAACAACUCUGUAAUCGGUGGAUGAACGCACUAAAAGAAUUACUUGAUCUCCAGAUCUCUAGACCAAAGCACUUGCUUGUAUAUAUUAAUCCAUAUGGUGGAAAACGACAAGGAGAGAAGAUAUAUGAACAAAAAGUAGCUCCACUGUUUAGUCUGGCUUCCAUCUCCACUGACGUUAUAGUCACGGAACAUGCCAAUCAUGCUAAGGAUAGCUUACUUGAAGUUAAUCUAAAGAAAUAUGAUGGUGUUGUUUGUGUUGGUGGGGAUGGAAUGUUCAGUGAAGUGGUGCAUGGUCUGAUUGGAAGAACGCAGAAAGACUCUGGCAUAGAUCAAAAUAAUCCCAAAGCACCAUUAGUCCAGUGCGAUAUCAGAGUUGGCAUAAUCCCUGCGGGUUCAACGGAUUGCAUAUGUUAUGCAACAGUUGGCAUCAAUGAUCCAGUAACGUCAGCAUUACAUAUCAUUGUGGGAGACACUCAGCCUCUGGAUGUCUCUUCAGUGCAUCGCAAUAAUACAUUUCUGAAAUACUGUGUGUCACUAUUGGGUUAUGGUUUUUACGGAGAUGUAUUAAAAGACAGUGAAGAGAAGCGCUGGAUGGGUCCUGCCAGAUAUGACUUCGCAGGUAUCAAGACCUUUCUUUCCCAUCAUUAUUAUGAAGGAACAAUAUCUUUCCUGCUGGCAUCACACACUGUGGGAUCUCCAAGAGAUAAAAAGUACUGCAGAACUGGGUGUCGUAUUUGCAAGCAAAGUAAACAACAGCUGGAAAAAGAAAAGCGGAAAUAUGGAAAGGAAAUUAAAGGGGAUGAAGAAGGAGAAUGGAAGGUUAUUAGAGGAAAGUUUCUAGCCAUCAAUGCAGCAAACAUAAGUUGUGCCUGUCCACGGAGUCCUAAAGGCCUUUCACCAGCUGCUCACUUGGCAGAUGGCUCUGCAGACCUCAUUCUAGUUCGGAAAUGCUCCCGGUUCAAUUUCCUAAGGUACCUCAUAAGGCACACUAACCAGGACGAUCAGUUUGACUUUGACUUUGUGGAGGUUUAUCGGAUCAAGAAGUUUCAGUUCACAUCAAAGCAUUUUGAAGAGGCCGACAAUGAUCCCAUGGGUACGCGGAAGAAACACUUCGGCCAGUUCUGCAGAGACCAUCCUGCUUGUUGCUGUGUGCUUCCCAACAGUACGUGGAACUGCGAUGGAGAAACUCUAGAUAGCUCAACGAUUGAAGUCAAGGUUCACUGUCAAUUAAUAAAACUCUUUGCAAGAGGAAUAGAGAAGAAAUCCAAACACCAAGCAACUUACCUGAGUAAUUAAUUGAAGUCAGCCGUCCAUGAAAAUUAGACAGCAGAAGGCAACUGCCUGGACAAAUAAGCAUUUCAGGGACGUUAAUAAAUAUGCUUUAAAACGGAAUAUAUUUUUGCAGUUAAAUAUUAAUUUUGGCAAUAUCACUUUUGUGUGAAUGUCUUCAAAAACUUUAGAUUUUAUGCAGGUCAGGCUGUUGUUCUUAAAGAAAUGUACUGUGUGAUACAGGGAAUGGCAAUUGGAUUGUUUUCACUCUUUUCCUUUUUGAAGAGCUAAUUCUAUGACUGUAUUGCUGUAGUAGCUAGGCAUGCAAUCCAGUGGCAUCAAUCAGCCCUGUAAAUAAGCCUAUGAAAGUUACUAGCCUGCACAUUUUUUUACUGGCCUAGUCAGAAUUUAAUUUAUUGUGUUUCCAUGCCCCUUCUCCUCAGCUAGCAUGAAAACACCUGAUAUCAGCUUCUUUGCAGGCUGGUUUGAAAUAGACGUUGCCUUCUACCUGUAUGGUAGACCUGUCCCUCCUGAGCCAGCCCAACCUCUUACCUGCACAGGAUUGUAUCCACUCUCCUGUACAGAAUUUCUUGCUGCCCUUACCUUCCAGGUGAGUGGUGUACAAGCCCGCAUGAAAUUCAGUGGGAGGCUUACCAUUGACUUCAGUGAGAUGGGGUUUCACAUCCUUGAGAGCAUAGUACAAACAAUUUCUCUCAAGCUCUCCUCCUGAGAAAAGAUAAUUUAAACAGGUUGGAGUAUUAUAUAUAAAGGAGUGACUGAAUUAUGACUAUUUUGUAGCUGUGGGAUUUGAAGCCCUCCAAAGUAACAAAGUUAUACUGCUGCUGCUGCUUCGGUUUCUCCUGAAAUUAACAGCAAAAUCAUUCAUUUCUUGAGUGUGGCCGCAUUUUGCAACAUAUCAAUGCAAUCCAAAUGCACAUUCCUGGCUUUAAGGAAUGUCUGUGUAUGUACAUUGUAAAACAUAUUUGCAUACAAAAACACAUUGUAGCUACAAGAAGCCCCUUGCUUUUCUCUUUAAAGGGUUAUCUGUGAAGGGCUGUCUGAAACUGUGUAUGGCCAGAGCAAGCCCAAAGAGCUCAGGUGAUGCACCCCUGGGCAACAAGAAAGGAUCGAAAGAAAAACAUCCAAUACACAUAUUACAAGGCACUGUAGCUCUCAUUUUCUACUGUAGCGGAGUCUAACUUUGCUUCUAUAAAUAGAACAGAGUUCACAUUCAUGGAAUGGCUUUAUUAUUAUUUUUUACUCCCAUUCCCCCUCCCCCAUAGUCCCUUGGAUCAAGCCCCCCCGCCAGCUGCGCUGGAUGAUGGGAAAUGAAGCAUUAGAAGGGAAGCUACAAAUGCAAUGCAGAGUUGGGGGAAAUUGUCCCCUGCCCUUCCUUUCCUUGGUAAGCGGCUGUAACCUAGCAGCAGAGUACAUGCUUUGCCUGCAGACCACCCCGAUUCCAUCCUGGUGUCUCGAGGUAGGGCUGGAAACACCCACCUGCAACCCCGGAGAUGCACAGCUGCCACUCAGUGUCAACAAUGCUGGCCUGGAGGGACCAGCAGCCUGACUCCAUAUAAGGCAGCUUCUUCCAUUCCUCUGAACAGAGGAACAAUGUGAAAGCCCAGUCAGUGUCUCCUUCCUGGUCAAAGCCAAUUUGUACAAUCAGUAGUACCAAGUGAAAAAAUAAUUAUUUGAUGAUUUUUGGGAGAUGACUGAAGACACUGCUCAUUUCCUAAGCUUUUAAUCUUGUUUGAGGCAUGCUGCUACUGAAGCUGAAUUUGAUUGUUUUUAUCCGUUUGAUUUUGGGUUGGUUUGACCUUUGUUAGAGCCCUUAAGAAUACUUGUUAAUGAGAGGCAAGAUACAAAUAUUUUAAAUAUCUAACUCUUUUUCUGGCUGGUGAGUGAUUGUGCAUUUGAAUUCUCCCCACGAAAGCAACUCCCUUCGCAUCAAGCACAUUGGAAAGAAGGCUUCUACAUGCAAUAAUUUGUUUUGCAGGGAAGCAUACAAACGAUUGAUUCCCUCUCAACUCUGCCCAUUGGAUAAAUAAGCCCAGAGUGGCAUCAGCUUCUAGAAUAUUUUGUGGCCCCAAAUAGUUUCUCUUUGUGGAGUGGAGUUUUUGAAUGUUGAGACUGAGCCAGUGAUGAGGCUGGCGACAUCCAUUCAAUAACUACCAAAAUGUAGAAAUCAAGAAGAGGAUAUUUAUUUUGAUACGUGAAACUGGCAUUGGAUGUACUCUUGGCAUGGCCCUUACUGUUGGCAGCAAAAGGGGGGAAAGGGCUCCCUUGUAAAGGUUUGCGAUGAUAAUGGAAAUGUAUUCAUACCUUUUGCGGAGGGUGUACACAGGGUGGACCAAACUCUGCUCUUCUGGCUUUUAACUUGUAAAGUUGGGAAAUGAAUGGAGUAUUAUUUGUUCUUCCUUUCUUUUUUCUUCUGAGUGUACACUUGAGAAUUUCCUUCUUUCCAAACAGCCAACGCUGUGACCCCAAGUGCACUUACUAGGAAGCAAGUUCUAUUGAACUCAAUGAGACUUGACUUCCAAAUAAAUGCAUAAAAUGCACUGCAAGUGUUCUAGGUUUGCUUGAUUUCCUUACGUUUCAGUCACAUCCAGUUAAAGUGCAUUCCAAAGCUUGGUAGCAAUUCUUUGUUUCUACCACCAGAGACCUUCUGUAAUGAGAAACUUGUUUUGAACAAAGAUGUCCUCAGUCCUCUGUGGCUUUUUCAGAAUGUAGGGUAGAGAAGACAGUGGACUCGGUUCCCAUGUCAGUAAAAUGUUUCUAAGGGACUUGAUCCACUGGGUGCUCUCACCAUAGAUAACUGCUUGGAAAUCAGCCCUGCUGCCUUUAUAUCUGAGUCCUGAGCAAUGAGUGGAGAAUUAGUGAUUGGCAUCAAAAAGUUAAUAUACCGACUACAACUGUGUGCCAUUUCUAAACGACUGUGUCUGUUGUGUAAUUCAGGUUUGGGCAAUUUGAGUCCCACCAGGUAUGUAGGGCUGCAAGUUGCUCACCUCUGAUCCGUUAGUACAUGUUGGCUCCAAUCCAGGGCUCCCACAUUGCUUUCCAUUUAUUUCUUUGUACUUCCAUGUGUAUGUUGCAGCCUCAUCAAUUGAAGUGAAUUAGAGUGCAUUGGAGUUGACAGUUACAUGUGUUUUUAUGGCAACAGAAUGUAUGGAGCACUAGAUUGCAGCCUUUGAAAGGAUUUUUCAUUUGCAGUCCAUUAAAAGCAAGUUUAAAUUGUUGUUAUAUGUUGUUUCCUUGAAUUCCUUGAAUAAAUUUUCACGUGUGAUACCGGUUUAUAGGCUUUAGCAGUAUGGUUCUAGUACUGCGGAAGGAAUGCUGUCUUGGCUUAGAAAAGAAUGCUGUCUUUUCUUAAAAUGUUUUAGGCACACUGCAUAUCAAUUGGUAUUUCAUCCUUUAAAAAGUCUAAAAAUCACACAGUUCUUCCAACUGGAAGCUGGUUUGUUGAAGAAUUAAUACUGCUGAAUUAUACCAGGAGAAGUAAAGAUGAAUGCCAAUUAAAUGAAAGUAGAAAACAGCUUGAUAAACAGUUGAAAACUGUCCAGUGAAAAUGCUGAUUUCAGAAAAGCUAGCAGGAAGUGAGUUUUUAAUCAGCAUUUGGUGUCCCACAUGACAUAAGGACUGUGUUGACAGCUGAAUGUUGCCCACCAGUAUGGUAUACUGGUUAGAGUACUGGACUUGGACUCAGGAGAUCUAGUUGUAGUCCCUAUUCAGCAGUGAAAUUCACUGAUUUUGUGGCAGUCUCUGACUCUCAGUCUAACCUACCUCACAAGGUUGUUCUAAGGAUAAAAUUAAGAGAAAGGAGAAAGAGAAAGUAUUAUGUAAGCACCUUGGAAAGCGCCUUUCUACAAGCGCUUUUCUUGUAGGAAAAGGGUGGGGUAUAAAUAUAAUAAAUAAAUAUGAUCAGCCUUACAUGGUAGUCCAAAUCUGUGUGGAUUCUCUUCCACUACAAAGAACAGGCAAUGCAGAUAAACAGUUAUAAACGUGGCUCUUGGGAAUGAGGAAAUUGAAUAUCUAAUGUAUUUCCACAAAUUAGGUUAAAAGUUGACACUGUUCUCUCAAAUGGCUUUCUCUGAAUGGUCUAUCCUGAAACUGAUAUUUAUCUGUGUGGGUUCAUAUUUAACGAAGCACAAUCCAUGCUUAACGUGGUGCAUUCGACAUUUCUUACUACGAGAGAGCUCUGUGCCUAUUGGGCAUUACCCAGUGCAUGCUGCUUGAGAGUAAGGUCCACUGACCUCAGUGGGGCUUGUUGCCUAGUAAAUGUGCGAAGAACGGGAUACACAUGACUGCUUAAAGCUUACUUAAAACUAGAUUGAGCAAUCCCAUCACGGGCGUUGCUGGGGGGAGAUUCUGUGUUAGCUUGUUGAAAGGACAAGCAGGUGUCUUGAUCAAUCUUGCUGGCUUCAAGAUUGAAGACCACAUGUGUUCUUUUGUGCUGAAAAGAAUUCUUCCGAAAAAUAAAACAGUUAUGUUACAGA